CGGAAAUAAAUUCUUACAAAGGAGGAAGAAGAAGACGGACGCUUCCGGUUGGGGAAGGAAGUCGGCAGUUUAGUGUUUUCCUGCUAAACAAGGCAGGUUUAGUUUCUCACGAGAAGAAGAACAGAACAGAUCAUGGACUGUGAAGAGAAGACGUACGGUGGCUGUGAAGGCCCAGACGCCAUGUACGUGAAACUGAUCUCCUCAGACGGUCACGAGUUCAUCGUGAAGAGAGAACAUGCUCUAACAUCAGGAACCAUCAAAGCCAUGCUGAGCGGUCCUGGCCAGUUUGCUGAAAACGAAACAAAUGAAGUGAAUUUCCGAGAAAUCCCGUCUCACGUCCUCUCCAAAGUCUGCAUGUAUUUCACCUACAAAGUGCGAUACACCAACAGCUCCACAGAAAUCCCAGAGUUCCCCAUCGCCCCCGAAAUCGCCCUGGAACUGCUCAUGGCUGCAAACUUCUUAGAUUGUUAAACCUUCACACCAGUGCACCUGCUUCAGUGCAUGAAACAUUAGAGUAAUCUUUGUGUGUGUGUCAGGACGGUGUGUUGUGUGCUUUUACGUUCGGUUUCCUUUCACACAGUGUUAGUUUAGUCCAUGCUGCAGAGGAGGACGUCACACAGAUUGCAUGCCGUGUUUGUUUCCCUCCACUACUAAUCAGUUGAUGUAAAUCGCUGAUAAGUCCGUAACUAAUAAAAAUUAUUUAAUAAAAAACUCUACAUUAAAGAGGA